UACAUAGUGCAGUCACAACAUUCUGGUCUGGAGUAGCAUUGCCAGGUUAUUACAGGUUGGUGAACUGUUCAACAUGAUUAUGCAUCUUUUAUUUUAGAUGGUAAUUUCAAUAUAAUGGUAAUAUUUUUUCUCUUAUGAAGUGUUUUAAGUGUUUUUCCUUAACUAUGAUCCACCUGGUUCGAGCAUGUGAGCAUGCUGGUCAUCCUGCUGAACUGUGUGACCCUGGGCAUGUACCAGCCCUGCGAGGACGUCGCGUGCCAGUCCGAGUGGUGUAUCAUACUGCGGGCGUUUGAUGACUGCAUCUUCGCCUUCUUUGCUGUGGAGAUGGUCAUCAAGAUGAUGGCUCUGGGGAUUUUUGGACCGGCGUGUUACCUCGGAGACACGUGGAACCGUCUGGACUUCUUCAUCGUCAUGGCCGGGAUGUUGGAGUACUCACUGGACGGCCACAACGCCAGCCUGUCAGCCAUCCGGACUGUGCGUGUGCUCAGGCCUCUAAAAGCCAUCAACAGAGUCCCCAGUAUGAAGAUACUGGUGACUCUGCUCCUAGAUACUCUGCCUAUGUUAGGCAAUGUCCUCCUGCUGUGCUUUUUUGUCUUCUUUAUAUUCGGCAUUGUCGGGGUGCAGCUGUGGGCUGGUCUUCUGAGGAACAGGUGUUUCAUGAAGGAGAACUUUACAGACAUAUAUAAUCUGUCCAUGAGUCAGUACUAUAUGGACGAGGACGGCGAGGACAACCCAUUCAUCUGCUCUUCUGAGAAGGAGAACGGCAUGCGGCGCUGCCGCAACGUGCCUCCGCUCAUGGAGAAUGGGUUUAAUUGCACGCUCAACGCCUCCUUCUCACACUACACAUACUCCGACCCCAACAGCUGCGUGAACUGGAACCAGUACUACAACCAGUGUCGACCUGGGGAUUUAAACCCUCACAAAGGGGCUGUGAACUUUGAUAAUAUUGGGUAUGCUUGGAUCGCUAUAUUCCAGGUUAUCACACUGGAGGGAUGGGUGGACAUCAUGUAUUACGUUAUGGAUGCCCACUCCUUUUACAAUUUUAUAUAUUUUAUAUUGCUUAUUAUAGUGGGCUCUUUCUUCAUGAUCAACCUGUGCCUGGUUGUAAUUGCAACCCAGUUCUCGGAGACGAAGCAACGAGUGAACAAGUUGAUGAAGGACCAGCGCGUGUGCUACCAGUCCAACGACAGCACGCUGGCCAGCUACUCGGAGCCCGGCAGCUGCUACGAGGAGAUGCUCAGGUACAUCAGCCACCUGUACCGCAAGGUGAAGCGCCGGACGUCCAGACUCUACCACGGCUGGCAGAGCAAGCGCCGGAAGAAAAUCAACCCCAACAGUAGCCUGGCUGGGGUAGGCGGUGCUGGGGUGGGUGGCGCAAACGGGCACAGCAGGCAGAGGAGCAGAAAUCACUGGGCACACUCCAUCCAUAACCUCAUUCAGCACCACCAGCACCACCACUGUCACCUCAGCAAUGGCCUCCCCAGCCCGCAGGCCACCACAGGCAGCAGCGAGGCUCUGGAGAUGAGGUUCAUCACUCCAGGGACGCAGUUCACAGUGCCCUCGCGGCUAAACGCCGGGCAGGAUCUUUCACCCGGCAUCCAGUCGGUGCACAGCAUCUUUCAAGGUGACUUUCACGAGGCCCCGCAGGUUUGCACAGGAACCACAGCUGGUGUGUCUUCACUAGGGAGGCUUAAUGGGGGCAUGAACUAUCCCACCAUUCUGCCAUCCUUCAUUUGCAGCUACACAGGCAGAAACCCCACGGCCAAAGGGAGGGACGAAUCCAACAACGGCACAACAGACGUGACGGAUCCCUUGGAAAAACUCCAGCAGCUCACAGGAGACCACAGUCAUGGUCGCUUGCUGUUGCAGAUGAAGGGCAUGGUGCCCACGGCGCUGCUCUUCGAGGUGCUGGGUUGCCCGUACUGUGCCCGGACACUGGAGAACAUGGACCUGGAGCUGGCCGAGUCUGAGUGCUCCCGGUCGGAGGGGGAGGUGGUGCACGAGUUUUCUCAUGGAGUGGAGUUCAAACCCUCCAGGUUACACCACCAAAAGAGACUGUGUGAGCGUAUCCACAUGGCUCGCUACUGGGAGGACUUCAGGGACAGGAUGAAGCGCAUAGUGGAUAGCAAGUACUUCAACAGGGGGAUUAUGAUCGCCAUCCUCAUCAACACCUUGAGCAUGGGAAUCGAGCACCAUGAGCAGCCUAAAGAACUGACAGACAUUCUGGAGAUCAGCAAUAUCGUCUUCACCAGCAUGUUUGUCCUUGAGAUGAUCUUUAAGCUGGUGGCCUUUGGAAUCUAUGGCUACAUCAAGAACCCUUAUAAUAUAUUUGAUGGGAUCAUAGUAGUGAUAAGUGUGUGGGAGAUCAUUGGCCAGGCCGACGGGGGUCUCUCCGUGCUCAGGACCUUUCGUCUCCUCCGAGUGCUCAAGCUGGUGCGCUUCCUUCCAGCCCUGCGCAGACAACUGGUGGUCCUGAUGAAGUCGAUGGACAACGUGGCCACAUUCUGCAUGCUGCUCAUGCUCUUCAUUUUUACUUUCAGUAUUCUUGGAAUGCACUUGUUUGGGUGCAAAUUCUGCCUGAAGACGGAGAAUGGAGAUACGAUUCCAGACAGGAAGAACUUCGACUCUCUGCUGUGGGCCAUCGUCACUGUGUUUCAGAUACUUACUCAAGAGGACUGGAACGUGGUCCUCUAUAACGGGAUGGCUUCCUCGUCUCCGCUCGCCUCACUUUACUUCGUGGCCCUGAUGACCUUCGGGAACUAUGUUCUCUUUAACCUGCUGGUGGCCAUCCUGGUGGAGGCCUUUCAGGCGGAGGGUGAUGCCAACAGGUCCGACUCAGACGAGGAGAAGAGGUCAGUUGACUUUGAAGAGGAGGAGAAGAUGGGGGAGCUGCGUGCCAGAGAGCUGAAGAUGUACUCACUGAUGAUGUCAGCAAAUGGGCAUGUGGAGUCCCGUGGUAACUUGCCACCACCAAUCAUCAUGCGCACAGCCGCCACCCCCAUGCCUACGCCUAAGAGCUCUCUCGGGCCAGAAUCCGUCUUUGGUUUGGGGGAGUCAAGAAGAGGCAGCGGGGUCUCCAUCGAUCCAAACGGCUACGAUCAGAGGUCCUUGUCCAGCCCACGGAGAUCACCGUGUCACCCCCGGAGCACAGGCAGUAACUGGGGGAGCCGCAGGUCGAGCUGGAACAGUCUUAGCCGAGCACCGAGUCUGAAGAGGAAGGAUACAUCUGGGGAGAGAGAGUCUCUGCUGUCUGGUGAGGGCAGGGGCAGCUUCGAGGACGACGACACAGAUGAAAACCUGUCAGGAAGAGCAGGCAGCACCAGCGGAGGUUCACUACAGCACCCCAGUUCUCUGGAGUUCCCUGAUCUGGCCCCAGGACCCUGCCUGUACCCUUCAGAAGAGUACCAUGACUGCAACGGAAGGGCCAUGCAACUGCCCACAGAUCUGCCAGCAGAGCUGAAUCGGGAGGACUCUGCCAAUGAGGAGGAUCUGGAUGAUAGUUUCUGUUGCCGGUUGAGGAGGAUGCUGAACGCCUAUAAGCCGCAGUGGUGUAAAGAUCACGAGGACUGGUCCCUGUAUAUGUUCUCCCCAGAAAACAAGUUUCGUGUGAUCUGCAACCGGAUCAUCUCGCACAGAUUGUUUGAUCAUGUGGUUUUGGUCUUUAUCUUCCUGAACUGCAUCACGAUCGCUCUGGAGAGGCCGAAUAUUAAGCCUCACAGCACAGAGCGAGUGUUUCUCAGUAUUUCCAAUUAUGUAUUCACUGUGAUCUUUCUUGCUGAAAUGACUGUGAAGGUGGUGGCCCUCGGCUUCUACAGCUAUCUGCAGAGCACGUGGAACAUCUUGGAUGGAAUGCUGGUGUUCGUUUCGCUCAUUGACAUUCUGGUGUCUCUAGCGUCGUCCGGUGGGAACCGGAUCUUGGGCAUUCUGAGGGUUCUCCGACUGCUGAGGACACUGAGGCCUCUGAGGGUGAUCAGCCGUGCUCCUGGUCUGAAGCUGGUGGUGGAAACACUCAUAACAUCUCUGAGACCUAUCGGGAAUAUUGUGGUGAUCUGCUGGGCCUUCUUCAUCAUCUUUGGUAUUCUUGGAGUUCAGCUCUUCAAGGGAAAGUUUUACCAUUGUGAAGGACUGGAUACAAGAAACAUUACCAACAAAUCAGAUUGUCUGCUAGCAAACUACAAAUGGGUUCCGAGGAAAUACAACUUUGAUAAUCUUGGACAGGCUCUGAUGUCGCUGUUUGUGCUGUCGUGUAAGGACGGCUGGGUGAAUAUUAUGUAUGAUGGGCUGGAUGCUGUGGGAGUGGACCAGCAGCCGGUACGGAACCACAACCCGUGGAUGCUGCUAUACUUCAUCUCCUUCCUGCUGAUCGUGAGCUUCUUUGUGCUGAACAUGUUCGUGGGCGUGGUGGUGGAGAACUUCCACAAAUGUCGGCAGGACCAGGAGGAGGAGGAGGCGCGCCUGCGCGAGGAGAAGAGGCGGCGGCAGCAGGAGAAAAGGCGCAGGAGUAAGGAGAAUUACGGGUCUGAGGCGCAAAAGAUACCCUACUACGCAUACUACUCCCCAAUCCGGCUGUAUAUCCACACACUGUGCUCCAACCACUACCUGGACCUCUUCAUCACCUUCAUCAUCUGCAUCAAUGUGGUCACCAUGUCCAUAGAGCACUACGACCAGCCCCAGUAUCUAGAAGAAGCUUUAAAGUACUGCAACUACGUCUUCACCAUCUUCUUCAUCUUAGAGGCUAUUCUCAAACUCGUGGCCUUUGGGAUCCGAAGAUUCUUCAAAGACAGGUGGAACCAGCUGGACUUGGCCAUCGUGCUUCUCUCCAUCAUGGGCAUCACCCUGGAGGAGAUCAAGAUGAACGCCGCCCUUCCAAUAAACCCCACCAUCAUCCGCAUCAUGAGGGUCCUGAGAAUAGCCAGAGUGCUGAAGCUUCUGAAGAUGGCCAAGGGCAUGAGAGCAUUGCUGGACACUGUGAUGCAGGCUCUUCCACAGGUGGGGAAUCUGGGCUUGCUGUUUAUGCUCCUCUUCUUCAUCUAUGCUGCACUCGGUGUGGAGCUCUUCGGGAAACUGGAUUGCAUUAAACAGCCGUGUGAAGGACUGAGUCGACACGCCACAUUCGAGAACUUCGGAAUGGCCUUUCUGACCCUCUUCCGAGUUUCAACUGGGGACAAUUGGAACGGCAUAAUGAAGGACACUCUGAGGGAGUGCAUUCCUGCAGAUAACUGCCUGAGCUACCUGCCCCUGGUCUCUCCACUCUACUUCGUCACCUUCGUGCUGAUGGCCCAGUUUGUGCUGGUGAACGUGGUGGUGGCUGUGCUGAUGAAGCAUCUGGAGGAGAGCAAUAAGGAGGCCAAGGAGGAAGCUGAGAUGGACAGUGACACUGAAAUGGACAAGGAGAUCCAGAAUGCUACUGAUGACUCAGGAGAGAGUUCUGGUGGACCAGAGGAAAGGGAGACAUACGUGGGUCCGAGGCCUGACUCACCCGGACAAGAUGAAGAAAGGCAAGGUACUCAGGAGAAUUUCCUCUCUCCGCGGAAGAUGUCCGUGUCCAGAAUGCACUCGCUACCCAACGACAGCUACAUGUUCCGGCCGGUGAGGCCUGCCAGCGCACCGUACCCACUGCAGGAGCUGGAGCCAAAUCAAGGAUACCCUGAAUUAGGCUCGGUGACCUCGAUCCACUCCCAGCCAUGUGAGGGUCAUUCCCUGCUCCAGGUCCCUGGUGUUCCUCCUCCUCCCCAGUUUAACGUCUGCAUGCCCAGGAUCCCUCCUCCCAUGCCUUCCCCCACGCAUAGCAUAGGCAGGCCUCUGCGUAGGCAGGAAGCGGUUAAGAACGACUCCGUCGAUGUGCAAACCUACGGCUCCAAAGACAACCUGGACAGACAGAUUGAGACGACCUCAACUAGUUUCGCCUUUCCAGUUCCCAGAAUCUCCUCCCCCAGCAGCCUGCAGGUAUCCCCGCUGCUGCCCCCUCGCAGCCGCUCCCCCUGCAUCCACGUCCUGCAGCACCCUCGCCACCAGCGCAAUAUCCCCUCCAGGCCUCCCAGCCAGGCCAGCAGCGGCAGUGGCAGCACCAGCCCUAGCGGCUCCAUGUUCGACUCGACGGAUCCUGCCGAUGAAGAGGUGCGGCACAUCAACAGCUCGGCCAGGCUGUGGGUGGGGCUUCCGCCGGAGGUUCGAAGCCAUUCGCUCUCCCCCUACAGCACCCAGGGGCUGCUGCUACCCGUUCCAAUGAAGAACUGCAGCAGCGCCGCCAACCUGGCCAUGGGCGGCCUCAAAGACAAGGACGCUAAGAAGUUCUUCAGCGUGGACGCCGAGGGGUUUCUGGACAAGCCUUCCGGUGCGGACGACCAGCGGCGGCACUCCAUCGAGAUUUGCCCUUCCCUGGAGGACGACGAAGAUGACGUGUUCCAGCUGGGCAGCGGCGGUGAGAGGAGGCACCCGCCCACACGCGGACAAUCAUUGCACAUCCCUAGGAAGAAAAAGAUGAGUCCUCCAUGCAUCUCCAUUGAACCACCGCUGGAGGUGGAGAUCCCGGCUUCUCUGGUGUCCAGGAAGAAGCUGCCCGAGAGCAGCAUGUUGCUGAGAAGACGGACGCCUUCCUACGAGCUGAUGCUGCAGCGUGACUCGCUCGAUCUUCUGGAGCACCAGCUCCCCAGCCAGCCUCUCAUUAAGGUGGAGAGGCACCCGUCGCACUGUGGAGAAUAUCUCUCUCUUCCGCAGUUCACCUUCGACCAGGCGGACCCCGAUUCCACGGGCGGUCUGGCGGGCGUCCUGUGCGAACACGAUCCGCCCACACAACCGCGCUCUCCGUUCGACAGCAGACUGGAGGAAUCCACAGACUUCAGCACAGUCAACAGAACUGUUCAAUGAUACGGAUAUAAACGCCACAGAUGAUGAAGGAUGAUGAUAAAAGAAGAGUUUAAACGGCUUUAGACAGCGCGGCGCGGCACUCUUUUAUUAUUUUCCUUCUUGAUUUAGUUUUUGAACGUGGGGCACCAACCACUUACUUCAGUAGCCAAAGUUUUUUUCAGAUGUAAUAUUACUGUAUGUAAGCCAGCCAGGAAUGGCACCUUUGAUAACGUGUGCGUGAUCGGGCAAGAUGGGAUAUGCAAUUUCAGGUUUCCAUUCGGAACUCUUUAUCUUUCUCCCAGUGCUCAAUCACAUUGAUUUGAGUUCAGGAACGUGUAGUGUUUUUUUUUAUUAUUAUUACAAUUAUAAAUAUUAUGAUUAUUCCUUUAUCCCAUACCAUCUUGUCAUUAACUUGAACAGCUGUUUUUCUGUAAAAGAGUAUAAUACAGAGCAAAUUAAAAUAAAAAAUACAAAUUUUAAAAAAGACAAAGAAAACAAACACAAGAUCUGUACAUGUUCUGUACUAUUGAAUCAUAUGUUGUAAAUAGAGGAAAUAUUGUAUUGGUGAAAGAAAAUAGAUCUAUUCAUAUGCACAUAUUUUUUAUAGAGAUCUAUAAUGUUUUUUGCACAUAUCAAUUUGAAUUUCAAGUUGAAUUGUCUUUUGUUGUCCUCUUGUGAAUGUACAUUUUUUUAAUCGAAUAGCAGUGGGAUCAAUUCUAGUCUGUUUAGACCUACUGAUACUGAGAUGAUUUUUAUUUUUCUAUUGGGAGACGGGGUAUGAGAUACUAAAGUAGAUCUAAUGAGAACCAAACUUCAAAUGAUCUGUAGCCUGAGUGCAAUACACUGUACAUGUUUAUGUAAGUUUACUCUGUUAGGUUGCUCCCAUUUUUCUUUCUCUUUUUUUGUUCUUUUUUACACGAGCAUAGUCAGUGACGUGCAUCUCACCAACACGAACCAAACUAUAGCAGUGUUUCUCGGUCCUGCUCCUGGAGGUGCUCCGCCCUGCCCCAACACACCUGAUUCAUCCAGAGCUGGGUUUAUGGUACACAAUUUUAGGCCUGAUGAUUGUCCAGUCUUUUUGUUUUUUAAAAUUGUUGAUAAAAGUGGUCUGAGGCAAAUCCCUUACAUUUGAAAGGCUCAAAGACACAAUUCAAGUAAAUACCCAGUGGUCCCCAAUUGCUUGUAAGCCCCUGACAGAUAUCUAGUAUCGCUGCGUCAAUGCACAUGAAUGCACGGCCCCCUUCCAACUGGUCGCAUGUGGGCAUUACAAAGGCGUUCCCUGCGUCAUCCAAUUAAAUCAUUUUAAUAAAUGGAAAAUGGUUUUAUACAAGCUAUUAUUAUUCCCUAAAACCUAAUAAAUAUAAAUAUGUAUUAAAAUAUAUAUAAAUAUAAAUGUUUAAUUGCACUUAACUAAAAUAUUUUCGUACACUGCGCUGAAGACACGUAUCAGGCAAACACCUGUUCUCUGAUUGGAUAGAUGCAUCGCACUGGAUGGAUUCAUUUGCAUAAAGUUCACCUCGACGCCACUUUUUAUUGCAUUGCAAAUCAAAAUUGACGCAUCCGACCAGCUCUGACGGAGCCAACGCUUCCCAUAAAAAAUGAAUGGGAUACAUCGCUAUUUGUUGUCACGACGGAGCAGUGUAAAUUUAGCAUAUGUUUAAUAUUGUGACCUUUCAGUGACUCUAAGAGGGCAUACUCUAACUUUUAGUCUUUUAAAGAGUUCAGUUUCACACAUGGAGGAGUUCAGUUGUGGUGAGAAGCUAAUCCGACCUCAAUCUGACUCUUAAAUUAGCAAAUAUCAGGAAAUAUGGAUUUAUUGGUGUCAGUAACCAAUAUUCUUUACCCAUGUUUACCCUAUUUAUCUGCUACCAUGUGGAGUAAUGAAGCAGUAGCUUUAGUAAGCCUAAUUGGGUGGCGAGUCUUAGAGGGAGUUUAGAGCGCUUAUGUUUUAAUAAAAAUAUAAAUAUGUGAAGCCAUGUAUCAAUAAUGUAUCGCAAACAAAACAAUACGAUAUAUUGAUAUUUCUUUCAGCCCCUAUAACUGAUUUAGACUAAGGAAUAGGAGCUCUAGGUGUAAAAACAUACUAAAUCUAUAGUGGUAAAAGUGUUUUGACUAGAAGGUGCAGUGACUAGCAACAGCCAUUGGGAGUAAAGAAGUAAAGGAGAAAGCACGAGAAGAUGGAGGUAUACAACACUUUUCUUUAUGUAUUAUCUCAUUCAUAUACUUAUAUAUUAUUCUUCUGUGUGUUUUCACUACGGAUCAACUCACAGGUAAUUUGCAUUAUUUUUAUGGACAUCUGAAAGUUCCUGCGUGUUUUUGGAGAGCAGACUGGUCUCCUCAGUUUUGAGGUAUGUUAGCCGCAGCAGCUAAACGAAUUUCUUAUAAUAAGACAUAAAACAGGGGAUCCACUCAAAUGUGCAGGGCAGGGUGCCCCCAGGACCAGCAUUGAGAAACACUGGCCUACACCACCCAUACUCAAUUUCAUCUCAAUGUAUUCUGUAAGGUUUCCACCACCACCACACCAUUGUUCAGUAUUGAAUUUAAUAAUGACAUGUUUGACCCUCCGCUGUGGCACAGGUAGUAUGCAUGUGAAGGACAAAAUAAACCCCUGUAGAUAUGAUCUGUCGCCAGGUAGACUUUGUCCUUUUCUCCCUUUUUAUAAUGUUCUAUCUGUACAAGGAAAACCAGCGUAUUUUCUGUAAAGAGAAAAAGAGAGAGAGAGUUGAUUUUAGCACAAACAGGAUCUGGUUUACCUGUCAGCUGUGAUACGGUGCCUCUACAUUUAUUCUGCAGUAAAGAGAUGGAUGAUUAUUAUUAUUAUAUUAUACGAAGGAAAUUAUGCAUAUGGGUGAUUUUACGACUAUGGGCACUUUUAUUACACAUACACUAUUAAAUACAGACCUACUACUACAAAUGCACAAAUAUAUGAGCAAAAAGGUAAAUGGACAUCUCUUUACAUCUCCCGUAUACAAUGCAUUCAGCUAUUUUGAGUUGCAUCUGGUGCUGACUCAGAUGUACAAAUGUACACAUACAGCUUGUCUAGUCCCUGUAAAGAUCCAGCUAACAAUUUUUACAAUGAAGGGGUUAAUGAAGAAGUUCAAUCUGUCAAGCUUUCAGGAAGUUCUUAGAUCAUUUUUAAACAUUCUGGUAACAUUGCUGCAAUGUCACUUGUGAUUAGUGUUUAGUGUUUAGUUUUGGUAACGUUUUCUGGGGAAAUAUUGCCAAUAGAAUAGAAUAGAAAAUUUAAAUUUGUUUAAAAAAAAUUAGUUUUCCAUCAUACUAUGGUUGAUUUGGGGAGUUGGAGAUCACUGCUGUAAGUAAACAUCUUUACUGGAUUUAUAACUCAAUCACAAGAUUUCCCUUUAAAAUGAAGGAUCCUGUAAGUGCCCAUAGCUCUAUAAAAACACCCAUACAGACAAGGUUAGAAAGAGUUUAUUCAGAACUGAUUCAGACUAUUGCCUUUGACUAUUUCAUUUUAAAGCAUACAGCAUAAAUUGUAUUAAUUAUUAAGCUCACUAUAUUACAUAUAUACACUUACAUCAACAUAUUAGUACAUUAACAGAACUAGCUAAUACCUACUGAAGCUUUAUUCAGUGGUCAUUUACUCAUUUUCUCCAUUUUUUAAUCUUGAAUUGAUUCAGAAAGUGAAACUCUUGCAUGUUGUUGGAGGAUUUUAGAGAAAAAAACAAUCUGGAUGUUUUUGAGGAGUUUUGAUAUUUAAACUUGGAUUUGUAGACGGACUACCUAAUUGCACUGGGUUGUAAUGGGCUGUCUAAGUUUUCCUCUUUGUAGAUCAACUUCUUAACUGUCUAAUGCAAUAUUUGUAUCCUUGAGAGACGAGCUCAAGCAGCUUGGGUGUUCGCAACAAUCAUGUUUAGUACUAGACUACUGAGACCACUUUUGAAACCUGUAUUUCUGAGUAUUUAAUUGUGAUGGAUAGUUAAUGUUCAGUUAAUCUGGACUGAAAAUUUCCUGUUUUUCCAUUGCCAUGAUUUUUGCAAAAAUACAGUUUGAAAUUUCUUGGGAACAAAUGUUUGAACAUAGUGUGGAGAUUUAAAAUGAAGGACUCGGCCGUGAACAUGCUGAAAAUGUUUGAAUCACUUGACAAUUGAAGAUAUUGACGUUACUGUGGUUGGAAUCUGAGCUUGUCUGAACUUAGUGUCCUUGAAGAAAUAAUACAGUUAUUUUCCUUAACUUUUCCUGGAAGAAAGUUCCAAUGUUUUUUCUUCUUCUUUUUUCUUUUCUUUUUAUUUUAAGCGAAAUGUCUGCAAUAAUUUUAGAUUUCUUUGAUUUGAAAGGACUUCGAUGUUUCUGGAAGGGAGGUAUUUAAACGGCUGAACAAUUUCUAAGCUGUAUUGUUACUUUUUAUUGUGCAGCGAUCACAUGUUGAUCUGAGCGAUACUGUCAUCUACAGAUAAACAUUUUUAUCCAAAAAUAA